CUCACCUAUGUAUGUAAUAGCGGUAACUAGUCAUCAACAUGGUGGACAUCAACUUGGAGUGCGUUCACCAGAUAGAGCCGAAGACCCGUUCCACGGGAAAACAACAAAAGAAAGCGUACUUGGAAGCUGUGCGCAUCCUUCUUGUGCUGUUGGAAAACGUGUUGGCGCAGCCGGACAACUCAAAAUUCCGCACCAUACGGUUGGAGAACAAAGCGAUCAAGGAGAAGCUGCUCACGCUGCCCGGGUGUGAGAAGCUGCUGGAAGCCAUCGGCUUCGUCCGCGCACCGGCCUCCAACGCCUUUACCCUGCCCACCGGAGUGUCCCUGCAGCAGGUGCGGAAGUACCGGGAUGCGCUGAGCGAUCGGCGCUCUGCCUGGCUCAGUGAAACUGUGCCUAAGAGUCCGCCCCAACAAAGUUCCGUCAGCAACACGCCCUCGCCAUUGUUUAUCAAGCCCUCGGUGGAGUAUCGUCAGCGAAUCGCCUUUCCCCGUGUGCUGCGCACCACCAACUUUUUUCUGCAGUCGCUGGAACUGUACUCUGAUGCAGUUAUGCAGUACGAAGACGAGCUUCUGCUCGCCACUGGCCGCACGCUGAUUCCCGUGGACGAGCUGACUGAAAGGGCAACCGAGAAACUUACAGAAAUUCAGGAGCGAAUUGCCCUGGGAGAGUGCGAGGAAAAGGAGCCUGAUGUUCGGGACCUGCUGCUCGUCGAGCUGGUCAACUGGUUCAGCACUCAGUUCUUCCAGUGGGUUAACAAUAUACCGUGCCGCGUGUGCGGUAGUGAGGAAAGCAAGCUGCGCCGCACACAACGCGAGGGUGAUGUUCGGGUGGAGAUCAAUGUCUGCUGCGGCCAGGAGAGCAAGUUCUACCGAUAUAAUGACAUUUCCCAGCUCUUGGUCUCGCGCAAGGGCCGUUGCGGUGAGUACGCUAACUGCUUCACAUUCCUUUGUCGAACCCUGGACUACGACGCGCGCAUUGUGCACUCCCAUUUUGAUCACGUGUGGUCCGAGGUGUAUUCCGAGGCGCAGAUGCGGUGGUUGCACGUUGACCCCUCCGAGAACGUUGUGGAUUCGCCGCUGAUGUAUCAGCACGGCUGGAAGCGUCACAUCGACUAUGUGCUCGCCUACUCGCGAGAUGACAUCCAAGAUGUAACUUGGCGCUACACGAACGAUCACCAAAAGAUCCUACAGUUGCGAAAGCUUUGCACUGAAAAGGAAAUGGUGCAAGCGCUGGUGGAAAUUCGAACAAAGCGGCGAAGAAAUUGCACUGCGGAACGAAAGAUUUUGCUGGGCCAGCUCAACAUGCGCGAAGUCAUCGGCUUGACCGUAGAUCGCAAGCCGACGGAGCACGAGCUAAAGGGAAGAAGUUCGGGUAGUCUCUCGUGGCGACAGUCACGGGGAGAGCACACUUUUACCAACGUGUAUUUACAGAUUUUUGUUUUCAACCUGAAUGAAGUUGAGAUGCAAAAACGCCAACUUAAUUUGCGUUACAGCUGCGCAACAGACACUUACGAACGGUAUGCCAAAGAUAAAGGAGACGUAACAAUUCUGAACACUUAUAAAAGUUGGCAAAAUGCGCUAUUUUCUUCAAAAAACAUAUUUCGCAAAGUUGAGCACGAUUGGAAAAUGGCCUAUCUGGCCAGACUGGAGGAUACUGAAGGUGGUGAAAUCGUUUGGAAGUUCGACUUUAGCAAGACCAAUUUACAAGUUAAGUCCUACAACUUGGUUUUUGAGACCAAAACUUUUGUAGACGGAAAAAUCACAGUGACCGUUGAAGCCAUGGAUGGAAGCAGUUCGGUAGAUAAUGCCAAUGGUUUCCAAAUUGUGGCCAAGCUUACUGGUGGCAAGGGCGACAUGGCGUGGCAGCAUACCCAACUCUUCAGGCAGAGUCUAAAUUCCCGAGACUACCCCUUCGAAUUGGAGGUUGAACUACACUGAAGCCUGCUAAAAAAAUAUAUUCAAAAAUCAAAGUCUAACUGUAGAUAAGCAAUUACGAUUCCUAGUGUGGAUGAAAAUGUGAAAUACACCAAAUAAUGGAUAUUUGUUCAUAUAUGUAAGAUCAUGACACAUAAUGUCACUGAAAUUCUACUUCAAGCCAAAAGAUGUCCUCUUAGGUCCUAAAGAUGAAAUACAAGUAAAAAGAAGCGUUUCCGACUCUAUAAAGUAUAACUAAGAAAAAUACCUCUUGAUGAGGUACAAAAUUAGAUACGUUUCCACCUUCAACAUCAAAACUUCUGAAAUCACAUUUCUGAAAAUAAUUUCUUAUACAUUCGAUUAAAUAAAAACCGUUUUAAGGAUGUUUCGGCAUGAUGCACGAAAA